AUGGUCGCCUCGAAAUCCCCAGCAGAUGCGGUCCAUGAGGCUCUUCAACUUGAUCAGGUUGCCUUCCCCAAACACCUCCAGGAGCUCGCGACCAUGCUCAAAGAGAUUGAGACCAAGCUCAAGCCUACCAUCGCCAAACUGGAGUCGAAGGAAAUCGACACCUCAAAGGGACUUUCAUUCCUUGAAGUGAAAUACCACAUCUUGCUGGAAUACAUCACCAACCUCGCCUUUGUCAUGUACCGGAAACUCGACGGCCAGUCCAUCCAGGACCACCCUGCCGUCGUCUCCCUCAUCGAACAGAGGACGAUUUUGGAAAAGAUGAAGCCGGUGGAGCAGAAACUCAAGUACCAGAUCGAUAAGUUGGUUCGAGCAGCUGUUGUUGGACAGCAAGAAGGCGAGGCUCAGUCUAACGCUGGAGGUGCUGAUCCAUUGGCGUUCAAGCCCAACCCCAAGAACCUUGUCCUGGACACCGAGAAUGGCGGCGAUGACGGCGAAGACGAUCAGGAGGACAGGGACGGUGACGACAAGUCAGGAUUGUACAGAGCCCCCAAGAUGGCACCCGUCCACUUUGAGGAGGAUUCCAGUGCUGUCGCCAAGCGCCUGAAGUACCAGGCCCGUCUCCAGGCCCGCGCUGCCAAAUCGCGUGUCAUGAAGGAUUUGGUCUCGGAGUUUGACGAUCGUCCAGAGGAGAUGUCGCUUACGAACGAUGGAGUCCAUUUCGGAAUGGGCAUGGAUCAGAAGCAGCGUGAGCGUGAGGAUUAUGAGGAGGCGAAUUUCACGAGAACUAUGUUGUCAAAGAAGGAGAUUACUAGGCUUCGUAAGGGUGCUCUUCCUCGCUUUGAGAACGAGUUUGAGAACUUGAACGACUUCUCACAAAUUGCGCCAUUGCAGGAUGAUCUGGAGACAAACGAGCAGCGCCGCAGGAACGUCUUGGCCCGCCGCAACGAACGCAAGCAGGCCGCCAUGGCCCACGAUAGUGACGACGAAGACGAAGAUAUGGGCUCAAGGAAUCGCAAGAGAUCCAACGGAGGCGAUGAAAUCUUUGAUGGCCUCAUGUCAGACCCCUCCAAGCGGAGAAAGGGCAAGACCGCUUUCGACAGGAGUCAACGUAACAUUGGACGCAGCAAAUCCAACAUCAAGGGCAAGGGUCGCAAGUAA